CGAAUAAACCACCGCAUCUUUCCUUGGUCUUCCUCGGCGAAGCCCCCCACCCCGCCUCUCCUCCUCUUCUUUGCUUCGUUCCCCUCCUUUUUUUUUUUCUCUCCACCUUGCCCAACCUUUCUGGCCCCAUGGAGGACCAGCGCGAGAUCGCCCUCUUGCACCCGUCCCACGAGCAGGUGGGUGAUGAUGCGAAGGAGAUGGAAUGUGGUGGUUCGUGUGGAACUGCUGCUGAUUUCGGGUUCUGUGCGAUAUGUUUGGAGAAGAUUGUUCUUCAGGAGAUGGCGCUUGUAAAAGGUUGCGAGCAUGCUUACUGCGUGACAUGUAUCUUGAGAUGGGCAGCAUACAAUCAGAAGCCUUCUUGCCCUCAGUGCAAGCAUCCAUUCGAGUCCCUCCAUGUUCACCGCUCACUUGAUGGCUGUAUUCAUGACUAUAUGUUUGAGGAGAGUGUUUGCCUUCUCCUUCGAGCUACUUGGUUUGUGCCUCUGACAGUAGAGACCCAAGAAGAGGCUCCUGAGGAGCCCGAAGACUAUGCCCAGUAUUAUGAUGAUCAAGAUGAUGAUGAGCUAGAUGAAUCUUACUAUAUUAGCACCUCGUCGAGUAUUCGUAUUGGUAACAGAAGGUGGGGUGACAAUGGUUAUGUGAGGGCAGGGAGGAAGGAAGCACGGCCUGUCAAUCGACAAUUUUUUGAUGACUCUGGCGCUGGUCCAUCCCGGUGCCCCAAGAAGAAGGAGCCAUCUAAAGAUGCAACAGGUAGGCGUGCAAAAAGGGCACAGAAGCGAGAAGCUGCAGGCAAGGCAGCUGCAGCCAAGCACCAGCAGCACCUGGAGAGGUUGGGCUGCAAGUGAUCUUCUAUGUCAAGAAUCAAUCAUGCAGCUUUUCCUUGUAUGACUGCAACCCAGCUGCAUUUGUACAGUAUGUUAGCCUUCUAAAUUCAGCAUAAAGUGUUGUGACAGUGGUUACAAUAUCCAAGCAUCUUCACAUCACAGAUGCUACUUCUGUUAGGAUUUAAAAUGUUACUUCUGUAUUUUUAUCCUGGGUCAUGAUUUCAUUAACCAUGCCCGUUUAACAAGUGGGUGUGUUUCUUCUUGGU